AUGUCGUCGCCCUCGUUGAACAAGAUCGCGGCCAACAGCCCGUCCAAGACGAAGCCCUCCGAGAUCGAGACCAGCAUCGCCAAUGCUCUCUACGACCUCGAGACCAACAUCCCGGACAUGAAGAGCUCGCUGCGACCUCUGCAGUUCGUCUCUGCUCGCGAGAUCGAGGUUGGCCACGGCAGGAAGGCGAUUGUCAUCUUCGUCCCUGUUCCCCUUCUCCAGGGCUGGCACAAGUCUCAGCAGCGCCUCACCCGCGAGCUCGAGAAGAAGUUCUCCGACCGUCACGUCCUGAUCAUCGCCUCCCGCCGCAUCCUUCCCCGACCCAAGCGCUCCAACCGCUCGCGCACUACUCAGACGCAGAAGCGCCCACGUUCGCGAACUUUGACCGCCGUCCACGACGCCAUCCUCCACGACCUCGUCUACCCCGUCGAGAUCGUCGGCAAGCGCAUCCGCACCCGCGAAGACGGCAGCAAGAUCCUCAAGAUUGUGCUCGACGAGAAGGAACGUGGUGGUGUUGACUACAGGCUGGAUACCUACUCGGAGGUCUACAAGCGCUUGACUGGCAAGGGCGUCAACUUCGAGUUCCCCCAGAGUGCUCCUUCAGACUAUUAGAUGGGCAUUGGACGGUGUGCAAGUUAGGGCGGGAGCAAUGUGUUCGGCAUAAAAGCAACUCGGCACAAAAUCAAUUGUGCCACAAUACCAAGACAC